GACAGUUCACAACCAGCUGAACAAAGUGUUGAAUCAUUUGACAGGUCACAACUAGCUACACAACAGGUUGAGUCAGUGGACAGUUCACCACCAGCUGAACACUGUGUUGAAUUGGCAGACAGUUCACCACCAGCUGAACACUGUGUUGAAUUGGCAGACAGUUCACCACCAGCUGAACACUCUGUUGAAUUGGCAGACAAAUCCCAAACUGCAGAACAUCAAUCAAGAAUCUCAUUCAAAGCCAGAAAUGACACCUUUGCCAGAAAAUAUCCUCAGUCAGGUGAUACCCUCCAGGAAUGCUUGACAGUGUGUAGUGAACAAGUUGUUGAACAGCAGCAUAUCAGUGCAACAGAAUCUGAUGCUGUACCUGAGUUGUGCAGGUUUGUUGACAAUGAACUUCCUAAUAUUGAGCCCACUGCUGUUGUUUCAAAGGACUGUGUGACCAAGCAGGUUAUAUGUGAACAAUACAAGGCAGAAAGGUCUCCUUAUAACGUUGUGCUAGAAGACAUUUCUUCACCUUCUGAAACUGAUGCCGAGUCACAGGACAAAGUUCAACCUGAUGUGAGUCCUGAUAACCAAAGCAAAUUCUACGAAUGGAUAUCGUCAGGUGAGAAUUCUGAAAGUGGUUGGAAUGUUCAGCCGUCAAACUGUGACUCUCGCUGUGGCGUUGGAGCACAGUCUCAAACUGUUGACAGGGGGAUCGACAUUUCUGUAGAAUCUGAUAACAGUUCAUGUUGGAAGAGAUUGUCUUUGGAGGGUUCCACAAUACAAGAGCCAGAACAAAGUAAUCCGCUCUGGGACAAUCAUUCUGUCAGUGAAACAAGCUUCCUGCCUCCCUUCAAUGACCAUCCCCGGAGUGUGCAGUGUGAAAGUUUAGACAGUUCACAUAGUCCUUCUGAAUUGAUUUCGGGGGUAGAAGAGGAUGAGCCAGAUAGGUUUGAUGUAUCACAUCAGAGACAUGUCUUGUUUGAUUUACAUGGAAGAGAUGCAGCUCCGUCUACAGGAAGGAAAUGUUUUGGAGUGUCAAAAAUAUGGUGUGAGUCUAAGUUAUUUCACAGAAAAGCAUCUGAAGCAACAGAAUGUGCACCUGAAACAUCGAGACUUGCUGAAGACAGAGACAAUCUCACUGAUGCUGAAUCUAAUCUGUGUGAUAUCUUGACUCAAGACAAAGAAAGUGUUUUGAGAGAUAAAUGUAAUUGGCAAGAUGUGGAAAGAUUAGCUCAGGGCAAAGAAAAACUGACAGAUGAAAACAAAACUUUGUCUAAAGUUGAUGCUUCCAAUAAUCGUCAGACAGAAAAUCCCACCGUAGCCACAGUGGUGUUCAGCAGAGUUGAUGAUAGUGAACUUCAUCGUGGGCCAACCGUAACAGAAGACAAACAAGCAGGAAGUGACUGUGAUAAAGUAAUAACAUAUAAAUCAGACCCUGAACAAAACGAUUCUUUGGAAAAAAGCAAACCUUCAGAUGCUGUCCACACUUGGAAGGAGUCUGACAACAGUGUAACUAAGGCUGGAAGGACUUGUGGAAUGGAAAAUGUUCUUCCUUUGCCAGUGAUCCAAAAUAUUCAGAUUAAAAUUGAACCUCCAGAAGAAGACUGCUGUUCAACCAGUGAUUGUGUCAGUGAGGAGAGGACUGCAAUAAAGCAAGAGCCAUUAGAAAAAGAUGAUGGUGGCAUGCAACAAGAUGAGAGUUCUCUGUUAAACAUUCAAGAUGUUAAACUUGAAGAUAACAGGGAUCAAGAAAAUGGUGUUGUAGAUGCAGAAGGUCGUCAGAAGGAGGAGUCUGGUGAUAAUCAGGGAAGAAUGGACUGGUCAGAUGAGAAGCCAUCAGAACAGGACUCCCUCAGUGGAGGAUGCAGUAAUGACUCUGAAGGAGACUGUGGUAAUGAUAAUGAUACUGGGCUCUUCGUUGGUCCUUUCAGUGACCCAGAAUCUGACAGUGACAGUGAUUUGCCUUCAUUCCAACUUUUCCUUGGACUACAUCAAGGAAAGGGCAGUGAUGAAAAAAACAGCUCUAGAGUUGAGGUUACCCAGAGAAAACUACCCAUACAAUCACAGCAUGGUCAUAACAAAAUUAUGAAUGGAAACAAAUUAAAUAAGAAGAAAACAACCACCUCAUCAAUGAACAGCCAGGUUGUGAAGACUGAGGCAGAAGAAGAGGAGGAUGUCGGACUACCGGUACAGGCAAGUGAAUGUUCAACUGAAGAAGCCGAUGCAACAGGUCCAUCAACUGACUGUCAUCAGCUGAAUCAUAUAGCUAAACAAGAAUUAUGUUUUGAAACAUUCAAUACUGAUGUAUCAGACAAGGACACACAGUUGGAAGCAGCCCAUGGGUCUGAAAGAGUGUCAAAAAGUCUUGUGGAGGAAUCAUCCAGCACAGUGAAUCCUGAAAAUUCAUGUUCCAAAUCAAGACUCCAAUAUGAGACAUCUUGUGUUUCCAGUCUUGAUACAAAGUCGUCAAGUCAUUCACGCUCACCAGGUCACAAAUCAAAGAAAUCAUCUGACUUGGGCUACAAACAUGACUAUUCCUCAAGACAAAGGACAAUAAGACAUCAUUCCAGUGAUAAUUCAAAACAGAAACGAACUUCUUCACAGGGCAGACAUCAGAUAUCAAAGUCUUCGAGUCAGGCAUCUCCUUUAAGGAGUCAAAGAGGUAAAAGUAUUAUCCACAAGUCUUCCACUUCACCAUCAUCAUUAUCAGCAGCAGCAUCAGGAAGAUCUACAUCCAGUACCACUAAUGCCAGUGAACAGUAUUCUGUUUCUCGUGAUAUGAACAAACAGUAUGAGGAAUGCCGUAUGACGACCUCAGCUUCCGAGGGAGGUGAUUCAGGGGACAGACCUGAACAGGUGGCUCCUACUAGUCAUGCCAAGAGAGGUGAUUCAGGGGACAGACCUGAACAGGGGGCUCCUACUAGCCAUGCCAAGGGAGGUGAUUCAGGGGACAGACCUGAACAGGUGGCUCCUACUAGUCAUGCCAAGGGAGGUGAUUCAGGGGACAGACCUGAACAGGUGGCUCCUACUAGUCAUGCCAAGAGAGGUGAUUCAGGGGACAGACCUGAACAGGUGGCUCCUACUAGCAGUGCUACAGCUAUUAUGAUUUCUGAAACUGAAGCAAAGAAAGCAAAAAGUUCAACUAAUGUGUCAAAGAUCAACACUGCAGGUCCUUCCAGUUCUGCAGAAUUAAAUGACAAUAUUGCAUCAAAUUCGGAAACAUUCAAUGCAGAAUGUUUCAGGAGUAAGCAAGUUUACAAUGCCGAACAUCCAGAGAUGACUGAGUUUGCCAGUAGUUCUGUUCAGGAGAUGUCUCCAGAAUCAAAGGUCCAAAGAAACAUGAAGCAGCAACCAUAUUCAAACCCUUGUCACAAAUCCUUUAAUUCCCAGUUACAACAACCUGCAGAUCAGUCUACUGUGGACACUGCAGCACAUUCAUCUGAAGAUGACAAUAAUGAAUCUGGGAGUCUUGAUUUGGAAUUGAAGCCAGAGUGUUCAGUUAUUCCCAGAGCCAACAAAACUGGCCUGGACCAAGACAGUUCGGGAACCCCAGUCAAAUUAGAAAGUGACAGUCAAGGAGAAGAAAAUGUGCAGCCUUUUAGUUGUCAUGUGUGUCUCAAGAGCUGUGCUUCUCAGUCUGCUCUGAAUCACCACCUGAUCAUACACAGGGACCGCACAUUCAAGUGUGGCAUUUGUAACAAAGCAUUCUAUUCCACAAGUAACCUGACCCAACACAUGACUGUUCAUACUGGAGGGAAACCUGUUCAGUGCAACAUUUGUGGAAAGACUCUCUCUUGCCAAGGAAAGAUGAAAGUACACAUGCGUUCACAUACAGGUGAGAAACCGUAUGAGUGUACUGUCUGCGGAAAAUGGUUUACUGUUUUCUCCUCAUUGAAGUCACAUCAGAUUAUACACAACAACUUAUCGAUAAAAUGUGAGUUUUGUGAUAAAGUGUUUAAGGAUCCCAAACUUUUGGCAAGACAUGUUAAGGUUCAUGGUGAACGAAAGUUCUAUUGUGAUGUAUGUGGUAAGCCAUUCAAGCGUUCUGCCCAUCUUAAAGUGCACAUAAAGAUUCACACUGGACAAAAGGAUUUCAAGUGUUACGUUUGCAGUGCAACAUUUGCAGAGAGUCAUGGCUUGAAAACUCAUAUGGUGGUCCACACUGGAAGAAGGAGCCACAAAUGUCAUGUGUGUGGAGAUGGUUUUUCUCAGUUUCAUAAUCUAAUGCGACAUCUUAAAAUCCAUACUGGGGCAAAGCCAUAUAAGUGUGAUGUGUGUCAAAAGGAAUUUGCAGACAAAGUUUCUUUCAAUUUACACAUGAACAUUCACACAGGCCAACGUCCAUAUUCCUGCAAAAUAUGUGACAAGACGUUUGUCCAGCCUGCCCAUCUUCGGAACACAUCAAAGGGUACACAGAGAACGAAGACAUUUAAAGGUUUAAGAGCACACAACAAAAGGAAACAUCCUGCUGAAGAAGGUAUGAAGACGGAAGAUACUGUGGACUCACCCAACAUCCAGGAAAAUCCUGAUGCCAGUGGAAAUAAUUCACAUUCAGGAAAGAAUGACAGUAGUUUUAUUUGUGACAAAAAUAAUUCAUAUGCUACCAAUUUGAAAAAACACAUUUCAGAGCAACAGAAUGUAAAGGACGAAAGAGAAGAUUGUGAUGGCAUACCUACAGAAGAAUCCAGCAUGACUGCAGAUUCAGGAUUGUCAACUCAGCAAAACAAAGGAGGUGAAGAAGUGAGCAACACAGUGAAGGUGACCACAGUUUCCUCAGAUCAAAGUGCUGAGUUGAAAUGUAAUAUAUGCAAGCAGUCAUUCACAGAUAUCUGCCAUCUUAAGAAGCACAAGAGACAUCAGUGUCAUACAAGCAAACCAGAGAAACAGAUGGACAAGGAUACUGUAGUAGAUGGUACAGAGACUGGUGAAACGUCCUCAGGAGACAGCAGAGAAACUUUAGCAGGUGUUCCCAAAACUCAGCAAGCAUCCACUAAAGAGAAUAACAGAGACAUAAUACCAGGUAGUGACAAGUCUGGUGUAAUAUCCCCCAAACAGAAGGACACAGUACCAGAUAGUGACAAGUCUGGUGUAUUAUCCCCCAAACAGAAGAAGGGCAUCAUACCAGAUGGUUCCAAGACUGAAACAUCUCCCAAACAGAAGAAGAGAGAGAAUAUACCAGUUGGUUCCAAGACUGGCGAAACUUCUCCCAAACAGAAGAAGAGAGAGAAUAUACCAAAGAAGAGAGAGAAUAUACCAGUUGGUUCCAAGACUGGCGAAACUUCUCCCAAACAGAAGAAGAGAAAGAGUAUACUAGUUGGUUCCAAGACUGGCGAAACUUCUCCCAAAGAGAACAAGGACACUAUGCCAGUUGGUUCCACGACUGGCGAUACACCCACAAAACAGAGCAAAGCAAAUGCUGAAACACCUACUCAACAGAACCUGUUCAGGUCAUAUGAAGGAACGAAACAAUUCAGCUGUGAUGUGUGUAAGAAGUUUUAUUCUGAUGCAGUCCAUUUGGAGAAACACAAGCGAAAACAUACAGAAUGGACCGAAUCAGGUCAAGACAAGUUGUUGGGGUCUAGAAAAACAAAACGUGUUAGUGAUGAUGGCGAUAGUAAGGACUCACCCAUGGCCAAGAAGAUAAAGCUUGAGACUUUUGCCAUCUCUGAGGAGGAACAUACUCCCACUCAGAAGAACUUCUCAUGUACUGUAUGUGACAAGAGUUAUUCCUUCGCUGCACUUCUUGAGCGUCACAUGAAAAAACAUUCCAGCUCACCCUUAAAAUGUGACCUUUGUGGUAGGACAUUUUCUGACAAAUCCCAUCUGAAACAUCAUAAGGAAAAACAUCACAAGAAGGAUGAUGUGACAGAGAAGGGGCUUGCUGAUGAGAAGGUCCACAAAUGUGAUGUUUGUGAGAAAGUGUUCAUCCAGAAAAUAUCUCUUGAAAAACAUAUGAACAUCCAUGUUGGAGCAAAACCAUAUAAAUGUGUUCACUGUGACAAGUGCUUUGGUGACAGCAACAGUCUUAAGGUGCAUACGAGACGACACAUCGGGGAGAAAUCUCACGUUUGUGAAAUUUGUAACAAAGCUUUUUAUGAGAAAACUGGAUUGACUGAACACUUACGUAUCCAUACAGGUGAAAGGCCUUUCAAGUGUACAUAUUGUGACCACAGAUUUUCUGACCGAAAUACUUUGAAACAUCACUUAAAAAUACACACUGGAUCCAAACCAUAUUCAUGUGACAAAUGCCAGAGUACUUUCAGGACGUCCUCGGCACUGAAAAGUCAUCAACUGUCUCAUUCUGAAGAACGGCCUUUCAAGUGUGAUAUUUGUGAAAAAAGUUUUAAAAGCAAAGUUGCGCUCGAUGACCACACAAAGAUUCAUAUUGGAGAUUAUCCUUUCAAAUGUGAACAGUGUGAUAAGGCCUAUACAACGAAGGCCGGUUUGAAUGCACAUACCGACUCAUAAUGCAGUCAGGAACCAGGAGUGUCAGGAGUGUGGGAAAAACUUUACUACAUCAAACAAUUUGAGACAACAUAUGUUGAUUCAUAGCAGACUA